AUGGCGAAAGCGGCCAAGUACGCCAAGGUGGGUUUGGCGGCCGAGGGGCGGCUAGUGGGGGGGCGACGGGGAGGCCUCAGCACCCCGCUCUCCCUUUUUCUCUGUGCUCCGCAGGUGGAGGAGGAGGAGGCGGCGGCGGCGGCGAGUGACUCGGGCGCCCUCUCCGCCUUCCUGGGCUGGUGCGCCGACGCGGGCCUGGAGCUGAGCGCUAAGGUACGGCCCGCCAGGGGCUUCCGCGGGCCGGAAGGGAUUGGACCAGCCGCUCCCUGCCGGCGGGGAGAGACUGGCCGAGGGGGAAAGGCCCCUCCAUCCCCCCCGCCCAGGGAAAAGCAAGAGGCUUCCUUGCCGAGGCCCCGUGGCCAGGUGUUAAGGGGAGGCCGCUCUUCAUUCAUUCAAAUUCCCUUUGAAUUUCACCUGCCUUUGCGGGUGACUCCUACAACACAGGGGGAGGAGGUGCGGUUCCCAGCAGUAAAGGAGCGGAAGGCAGUGCAGAACCACCCGGAAAAUUCAAGCCGAAAUGAAACUUGUAGCAGUAAAUAUGCACCCGGCCUAAUAAUAAAAUGCUUUAAAACAAAAACAUCCAUCCGAAGGAACCCGGCAGCAGCAAACAACAGAAACCGGCAUGAAUAAGAUAAUGAAAAUGUGGCGUUUCAAGACUUGUAGUAACUUUAAUCUUGUUGCUUCACAUGCAUCAAUAAGCACCAUUUUACUCUGCAUUAGUCUAGUCUUGCUCCUUUUCCUGCUUCCAUUCUAACAGCUGCUAAUGGUGGGUUAAUAUUGCCACUCUGGGGCAGCUGAAAUAGUUAGAAAAUGGUUGUAUCACUCUUUAGUCACCUGGCUUGUGUUACCAGCAAAUUGGAAGGGGGGGGUGAGAGAGGUCUCUCACCCCCCCACCCGAAACGAGAAAAUAACAGCAACAUAUCUGCAAAGGCAUUGCAUCUGCAAGAGUGUGACUCCCCACUGAACCCCAGGUCUCCAACAAAGGAAAAUAGCAAUUCACUAUUUGUAUCUAUGUACUGGCUGAGUGGGAAAACUUCAGAAAUUCAUAAGAAGCCACGUAGAAUCAUAGAAUCAUAGAAUCAUAGAAUCAUAGAGUUGGAAGAGACCACAAGGGCCAUCGAGUCCAACCCCCUGCCAAGCAGGAAACACCAUCAGAGCACUCCUGACAUAUGGUUGUCAAGCCUCUGCUUAAAGACCUCCAAAGAAGGAGACUCCACCACACUCCUUGGCAGCAAAUUCCACUGUCGAACAGCUCUUACUGUCAGGAAGUUCUUCCUAAUGUUUAGGUGGAAUCUUCUUUCUUGUAGUUUGGAUCCAUUGCUCCGUGUCCGCUUCUCUGGAGCAGCAGAAAACAACCUUUCUCCCUCCUCUAUGUGACAUCCUUUUAUAUAUUUGAACAUGGCUAUCAUAUCUCCCCUUAACCUCCUCUUCUCCAGGCUAAACAUGCCCAGCUCCCUUAGCCGUUCCUCAUAAGGCAUCGUUUCCAGGCCUUUGACCAUUUUGGUUGCCCUCCUCUGGACACGUUCCAGUUUGUCAGUGUCCUUCUUGAACUGUGGUGCCCAGAACUGGACACAGUACUCCAGGUGAGGUCUGACCAGAGCAGAAUACAGUGGCACUAUUACUUCCCUUGAUCUAGAUGCUAUACUCCUAUUGAUGCAGCCCAGAAUUGCAUUGGCUUUUUUAGCUGCCAUGUCACACUGUUGGCUCAUGUCAAGUUUGUGGUCAACCAAGACUCCUAGAUCCUUUUCACAUGCCCUCUCUGUGUCCUUCGGCAUAAUGGGGAUGCUUAGCUCAUAGCUUCAGCUAAUUGUAACUUAGCUGCUUCUCCUGUUUGGUUAAUCAGUGAAAUAUGUCAUUGUGGAGAGCCAAGGAUGAAAGGAAAGGAGAAAGAGUAGGAGUUGUGUAGACAGAAUCUCUGCCCCCUUUGGAACUUUGUUCUCUUCUCCUCCCUCUGGGGAGAAGAACCUAGAGCAUGGCUUACAUUGUACCUUGUGGAAUUUAAAUUGAAGCUGUUUGGGGAGCUGAUCUUUGCUGAAAUGCAGGAAAUUAAACCAAGUACAUUUUCUCUAGCUCCCAGGUACCAGUAGGAAUCCUUGGGCGGCAGCAACAUGACUGACACCAGGUCAUGCAAUUGUUUUUCCUGGACUUGAGAAAAUGCCUUCCUAGAUUGCUGAGUGAGAGGAACUGCUUGAGUAAGAAGCUGUUGUUUCUUGUUCCCCUCAUCACAGUCCCUGAAAUCAAACCUGUAAAAAAUCUUAAUGAAAAAAUUUACAGGUCUGUUGUUGGGCAAAAAGGCACACCCUUGAUUCAGAUCUCAGGCACACCCUUGCUUUUUGGUGCUUGGAUUCUGUUUUCAUCACUUUGGAAGCAGCUGUAUUUGGGUGUGCAUGGGUCUCACCUAUCAGGCCCAUCACCUGCAGUGGUUCCUUAGGGUAUUGCUUCUCCUCUGGGGAGCAUAUAGGGGGCAGGUAAAGGCCUGGUUCAGCCAAAAGGGACUUUGCAGGCACUACUGAUCAGCAGGCUGACAGGGCCUACAAAGCCUAUUUCAAAGUGCUGCAUGAAAUAGAGCUUUGAGAAGGACUUCUGAAGACCCCUGUGAUGCUAUGGGGUUGCCAGGCCCAAAAGGGGUUGGAGAGAGAACAGUUUGGCCCAUUGAGCUAAAAAGCUCCCCCAUCCCUCAUGCAGCCUUUCCACAGAGUGUACUUUCUCGGCAGCAGAUGGGUGGGAGGCUCUGCUUUCUUCCAUCCCUCUCCAGAAUUUUCUCCUGUCUCUGAAGAGCAUUCACAGCAAAUUUGGUGUAUUUCAGGGGAAUGCUUCAGAGUGUAAGGCAAUGCUUCCUAAGAGUGAAAAACGGGGAAGACGUCUGCUACUCUACCUUCUGUCUUCCUCCUCCAACUGCAACCAUUUUGUUAUUGCUCAUCUGUUGCACACAUUGCAGGAGUGGAGAAAACUGCAGGAGAUGAGUGGGGCAGAGGAAAACUUUUUCUUGGGAGAGUCUCAGGACUGGACAGGAUCUGUCAAGUUUUACUUCCCUCUUUUGUCUGCAGGAGGUAUUGAAAAUGGUUGCGACUCAGUCCAUCUGCAAAGGCCAAGAGAUCUUCAACACUUACGGGGAGAUGGCAAACUGGCAGCUCCUCCACAUGUAUGGCUUUGCUGAACCGUAUCCUGGCAACACAAACGAUGCUGCUGACAUCCAGAUGCUGACACUAUGCAAAGCAGCACUGCAAGGCAAGAGGCUGGCCAGGAGACACUUUUUUAAAAAAGAAACAUAAAUCAGCAGAGUAAGAGGAUAUCUGAAAAUCCAUCUGUCUGUCACCUUGUGUUGCUUUUUCCAGCUGUGUUUUUAAUAGGCGGAGGCUGCAUUUAAAUACAGGUGUUUAUAUGUGACUUCUGCAGUUGCUGGUGGCAUCCAGAGCAGAACAGCUUGAUUACUUUGCUUCCCAAUCUUGCAUAACACCUCCUGGGUCAUAAUGCCAAUUUAAAACAAAAUAAUCUGAAGGCAUGGAACUUUCCUCCAUGAUGCUCUGGAUGGCAUUCAAGGUUUUCAGUCUCACCCUCUCUCCCCCCUUCACAACUCUGUGGGACAAGUUAGGCUGAGUAUGCAAUCCAAAGUCUUGUUGGGACUGAGUGAGGACUCGAAGCUGGGCCUCUCUGGCCCCUGCCAGGCACUGUUAGCUGCAGCACUACACUGGAUUAGACGAAAUGAUGCACUUCUGCUUUUGACUGCAGCCAAUGCUCCCUCUGCUGCCUGUUGAACCUGCACCUGCUUUUCUCUCCCUCUCCCUCCACCAGCUACAAAGACAGAAGCUCAACGGCAGCUGGUCUUGGAGCAGUGGGACUUCCUCUGCCAGAUGGAGAUGGUGGGUGAGGAAGGGGCUUUUGUGAUCGGCUGGGAGAGAGUCUUAACUGAAGAAGAGCUGGCCAUGGCAUUGAAGGUGAGGGCUCUGGCUGGUUGCUGCGCCAUUAGACUCCUGGGAGGCCAUUUUACUCCCGUACAUGCUUGCUGUGAUUACUUAAGCAGUUGACGACAGAGUUUUACUUUACAGGGGUGGCAUGUUGGACUUAAUCUGAAGAUUCUUUCAGUUUAGAUGGAGGAAGGACAACUUAUUUCUGUUGGUCAGUGGAGGUGUGACUUGUGAAGGCUUCUUCCCAUGGCAGGCAGGGAGGCUUGAGGUUGCUUGGGGGCUUGCUUAUGCCACUUUGGCACCUGGGCAUUGCAGCCCCAGAAUAGGAGAAGAGUGCUUCAGUCUUAGCUGUUUGGGUAAGGAGCAAAUUCCUCUGUCAGUCUGCAGAUUGCAGGGGGGUGCGCAGCUGUGCUUUGUUUUUUGCUGGGGGCAGCACAAUGCACUGGUCAUUUUGACGUCUUUCCAGGGCUUGUCUCCACUGGAGGCAUUGCCCAUUACAGAUGUCGCUCUGGGGGCUGUCUGUGUGCUUUGGUGUUUUUGUGCAAGCCCUCCCUAUCCCUGGGUUCUGAGACGCCUCCUAAGGAAGGGCACAGCAAGCAAUGGAGAAGCUAUUAGUUGGGCAAGUGUGCUUUUUCCUCCAGCGGCUGGCUCACUUGCUGGACCGGGGUGAAGAUAUGCACAUGUACUCUUGGCCUGCUACUGCUGUCUAUUUUAAUGGACGGGAUUUAGAAAAUGUAGGAAGCAGCCUUCAUUCCACUUCUCAUGAGUUCUGCUACAUGGCAUGCAAAUUCUUCCACUGAGACUCUUUAAGUUGUUGCUUUCUGCUGAAGUCCCAGGCAGCUUCCACCACGUUCUCUCUUUAUGCAACCACCCCUUCCCCACGUAAUCAGCAGUAUAUUCCGUACUGGAAUGAAUGGGGCAGGUCUGAACUUUUUGUGCUGUGUGGCAAUGACGUAUCUUCUGUGGUGCUGUCAUUGUUCCCAGGAAAGGGAGAAAUGUGACUAGAGAGAUUCUGCUUCCAUCCCUUGGGACUUCUUUCUCUGUGGCUUUUGGAGGCCAACAGCCUCACUGACCUUGAGCUCUAAGUAGUCUGCCAAAUUUCCUGCAGGUGCUUGUCAAAGGACAGUUUUAGUACUAAUAUAUACAGUGGUGCCUUGGUUCUCAAACUUAAUCCAUUCCAGGAGUCAGUUCCACUCCUGAAACUGUUCGAAAACAAAGGCACGGCUUCUGAUUGGCUGCAGGAGCUUCCUGCACUCAAGCGGAAGCUGAGUCGGACGUUUGGCUUCCGAAAAAUGUUUGCAAACCGGAACACUUACUUCCGGGUUUGCGGCGUUCGGGAGCCGAUUUGUUCGGGAGCCAACCCGUUCAAAUACCAAGGUACCACGUAGUUUAUUUUGCUUUGAACAUAAUCACUAACCAAGUUACAUACAUGGAUUAAAUGCUGUGUGCCUUUAUACACAUUUAUAUUUCUUGCUGCCUGUUCCAGUUGUCUCGAUGGAAAUUUAAUUUCAAACAUUUUGAAUGACGUGUGUCUGCUGUUCCUCCAAAUUCUGCCUAUGGAAACUAGCAAGUGUCCCCUCCCCCCAAUUAUGUAAACAUCGUAUCCAUCUAAUUUUAAUGUUUUGCAAGAUGCUCUCACAAAUUUACUUCAUUAUAUUAUGACUCUCUUCCAGAAUGUAACUUAACUUGGGAGAGGGGAAGGUCCAUAGUUUUAAAUCCUGAGAAGCAACAGCAGGAUCCCUUUUGGAGAAUGUUUACCAACAUGUGUGGGGCUGUUGAUGCCUUGAAGUUACUUAAGAGACCAAGAAGGUAGCUCUCAAUAAUCCCAGUUCUUUGUGGCUGUAGGUGCUGACUAUGUCUGCAGAUGAGUUCAAGGAGUUUAAGGAGCAAGAGACCCAGGAACCCAAAGCAGGCGAGGAUGGGGCUAUGUUCCUGAUGCUCUCAAAUACUACAAUACCAAGGCUUGAAGCCUCCUGGAAGAAGUUGCUCUUUGAUGCUACACUGCUAACCCUGAAGUCAUACAGCUCAGACUUAAAAGCAGAGGAAGAAAUGCUCAGAGACCCUCAAGCUUAUUCAAAACUAAGCUGCCGGGAGAAGUUUGCCCUGCAAGUGCGUUAUGGCCAGAAGAUGAUUUUGCACCAGUUGCUGGAGCUAGCAAGCUAG